UUGCCAAAUUUAGUUUAUCACCCUUACUCCUGGAACAAGAUUUCCAACAUAAUAUUUCUGGACUCCCCAGUCGGAACUGGAUUCUCUUUCUCCAAUCAUCCACAAGGUUAUGAAACUGGGGACAAAUCUUGGUCAAAACAUGCAAUAAUAUUUCUCAGAAAGUGGCUUAUAGACCACCAGCAAUUCCUUUCAAAUCCUCUGUAUAUUGCUGGUGAUUCCUAUGCCGGAAAGGUUGUGCCACUAGUGGUUCAUAAUCUUUUAAAUGGUAAUAAAAAACAAAAUGAUUUGGAGGAACACCCAAAAUUUAAUAUUCAGGGCUAUGUGAUUGGUAACCCAUCAACAGGUGAGUUGAUUGAUUAUAAUGCUAGAGUACCAUUUGCCUUCGGAAUGGGGAUAAUUUCAGACGAACUAUAUCAGGGAAUUAAUAAGAAUUGCGAAGGGGAAGAUUACGUUAAUCCAAAGAGACCUCCAUGUGCCUCUCUUCUUCAAAUCUUUGAAGACGUAAGCAUCCAUGCAAUCAUCUCUCUCCCCUCUGCUCUUCAUGUUUUUAUUCAUGAUUUGGCUAAUUCUGCCUUUAGUAUUCUGCAUUUUUUAUUUUUGUAAUUUUUGUUGCUGAAAUGCAUACUCUUACAAUCUUAUACAUAGAUCUAAAAAAACUGGAUAAGUAAUUCUAAGUUGUAGUUUUGAUGAAAGCAGUCUUCUGUUAUGUUGAACCGAUACGGAUACGGGACAUGUCAAUUUUUAAAAAAACAAGAUAUCAGUACGGCGCGGACACGGCAUUAUAAUUUAUA